GAAAAGAGGGUGAUACCUUUGAAAUUCUUGAACUCUUAAGACUAAGUGAUCUCACUGUCAUCUGUGGUACUCUUUAGAGAUGAUUACACCUAAGUAACAAGUAUAAUUUUUUUCAAACUUUAUUUAAAUUUUUAAAAUUAAUAACUUUUGUUUUUCAAUUAUUUUCAAUUCUUAUCCCUCUCCAAUACUGAAAAAAGGGGUUAUUUCAAGCUUAUUGUCAAAAAAUCUCUAGGAAAGAAAAUAACAUUUUCCUUUAAAGCUUGAUCAGAUAUCUUUCCCACUCCACUAGGCUUUAGGUAUCCUUUCUGACUACCCACAGCUCCACUGGGCUUGUGUUGCCCUGUAUGGGCAUUCUCUACCCUUACCACUUUGCAACCCCACACAGUUGCCUGUUGCCAUGUGACAAUUUUAUCUAGGGCCAAACUCUUGUAAUCAGUGAUAAUUUACCUACAUUCAUUCUUCAACCAUUAACCUAUUUCCAACUGGUCCUUUCCACUCCAUCCUGAUGAUUAUGAAUAUAUAGAGAGCCAUUGUUCCUUGUUCCCCUCUUUACUCUCAUUCCCAUCACUCUCUUUCCCCUUCUACCUCCUUUUUCCCUCUUUAGGGUACGCUCUAUAGGUAACAAACUAGAUUUCAUCUUAAUCUUGUUUCCUUUCUACUCCCUCUGACUUACACUUACUGAGACCUAAGUCCCUCUGGAUCACGCAGCUUUCCUGGCUGCCUAUUACAGCACUGAUGGCACUUAAACUCAGACACCCCAGUUCCCUAACCUCAACAGGGCAUUUUGAUUACUCCUUGCUCACCAUGGCCACUUCAGACUCUGCUUCCUUGAUGUUCAAGUCAUAUUUAUCACAUAAUCAUUCUUCUAGCUGUUAUCUACUGACCUUCAGGUUACUCAACUCUUUCAAUGAGUUCAGUUUCUGGAUCAGUUUUUCCUCCUUAACUCCUACCUUCCUACUACGGAAUUUCAACAUAUAUUGGUAUCCCUCUUCCCCCAACCACCUUCCCAUUUCCUCAGCUUUCUCAUUUCCCAUGAGUUUUUCUAUCUAACCCCAACUAUAUAGACAUAUACUAUUUCAUUUGGAGCUCUUAGCUCCCAUUAUUUAAUUAGUGCAGAUGACUCACAUCUAUUUGUCCAAAUUAACCUCUCCUGACUCUUAAUCUUGUGUUCCAAUUGUCUAAUAAAUAUAGCCAAUUGAAUACUGAAUGAACAUCCUAAAUUCAACAUGUACAAAACUGAACGUAAUCUUCCCCACCUCUGUCUUCUCUUAAUUUUCCUAUUACAGUUGAAAGUACUUCCAUUUUCCUAGUUAUACUAGUUCAAAACCUAUUUCCUACUCUCACUCCCCAUGUUUGCCAAAUCCUGACAGUUUUACCUUCUUAACAUCUUUCAUAUAUGACCCUUUUUUUUUCCUCUGACACUCCCACCAAUAUGGUCUAGCCUCUUAUUUCACUCCAAGACUAUUGCCAUAACUUUUUGGUUGGUUUCCCUCCUCAUUUUCACUUCUAGCUUCCCUUUCUUCCUUUUAAGUUUCAACUGAAAUCCCACCAUCUGCAAGAAACCUUUCCCAGUUCUUUAUUUUGGUGUUUUUCCUCUGAGACUAUCUCCAGUUUAUCCUGUCUAUAUCUUGUUUGUAUGUAGUUAUUUGUAUGUUGUCUCUCCCGUUAGACUGAUAUUGAAAUUUUUAAAGCACUUUGAGAUUUGCAAAGCAGUUCAUAAAUAUUAUCUCAUUUUGUCUCCUCCUCCUCUGUCCCCCUCCCCCUCAAAUUCUGGGAGAUAGGGACUAUUACCCUCAUUUUACAAAUGAAAUAGGCUAGGUGAGUUGGUCAACCUAAGUGUAUCUGAGGUGAGAAUUGAAUUCAGAUCUUUCUGACCAGAGGCCCAGUACUCUAUCCACUGCUCUGUCAAGUUAUGUCUUAAUAGAACAUUAAACAUUUAUUUUCAUACUUCUUUAGAUAGGCUUCUUUCCUAAACAGAGAAUUUUUUUCUCUACAUUUAGAGGAAAAUAUUCAAAUAGGAUCUUUUGCUUUGCCACUAGAGUUUUGUGAGGAUUGCCAAUUCCCAUAUGAGUUCUAAUAGUCUAUACCUGACUUCUGGGAGUACUUCAUUUUCCUGGGUACAGUGUGACUAGAGAAAAAGAAUUGGAUAUAUAUUCAGCCAAACCACCUCCUGUGAAAUACUUAAAAGAUAAGGCCAUUGCCAUGUUGUGGUCAUAAGGUUUUUUCCAAGAGUAAGGUUAAUGACUGGAGUUUAAGGGCAAGGAGGCGUGAAAUUGGAAGUUUCUGUAAGUCUCACUAUUUUUCCAUUUUUUAAAUCUAAGCUUUCAGGUUUUUUAAGCUGUUUACUCUGGGAUCUAAUAGAUUAUAACCAGGUUCCUUGCCCAUAUUCUACCAAAGAACAGUAAAUGUGAAUUUUACCAUGGUUGUGGACACAAUUUUGGUUCUAGGGACAGUAGCAGACAGCAUUUGGCAUAGAAGCUGAUUCUCUUAAGUGUGAAAGAAAAGUUUUGUGCUCAGAGGAUAUGAGAGGAAAUCUGGAAGCUUCAGAGGAAGAUGUGCAAAAGUCAAUCUAUAAAUCACUAAAAUAAAUAUAAUUCAUCAAGACUAUACUUCUGCUGGGGUUACAGUUCAUUUGUCAGAUUUCUUUCCAUAUGUAUGCAUAGGAAAUUCCAGAUAUUCUGAUCUGCUUCUUUAUAACCCAUACCAAUAUAAGUAAAACCAAACUCUUGUCUAGUCUAAUACUCAAACUCUCUAUUCUACUCCUUUUUGGGAUUGCUGAGGGAUCAGAGGCAUGUGAAUAAUCAUAUCUACAACCAAAUCAUUAACUUUUUUUUUCUUUUACUUGGCCUUCAGACUUAAAUUUUGUUGUUAGCUAAAAUACCCUUAGAUAAAAUUUUGCUUGGUAAUUCUAUCUCCUAUUUGUGACAUAAAUACUAUCAUCAUUUCUAAAAAUACCUUUCAAAAUAACAAUCUUAUAUUUGUCAGACUUGCCUAUAAAUGUUAGAUUGAAUAGGACAAUUCAUAUUUUCAUUUCUCUCUUGGAUUUGCUUCUAGCUCAAAAUCACCUUGCCUGAGUUUACUUCUUAUUUUGGAAGUUCCCUCUUUUCCUUGUAACCUUUUCACCCUGGCAUUCUUCUGCCUUACAACCCUCACCUCCCAUUUGAGAGUUCCUCCAGAAUCUCUACUCUGAGGAAAAUUCCAGACCAAUCAUUCUUUAUUAUUCUCCUGACUCUGGACAUUAACAGCAUUUCUCCCACCCAUGUUAGAAUGUAUAUCCCUUAAGAACAAGGAUUGAAUUGUUUAAAUUGUAUGCCGGUGCUAUGAUGCUUGGCACAUAGUAAGCACUUAGAAAAUGCUUGUUGACUAGGUUUCAUGAUGAUUUAGAUCUUUGUAGACAACCAGUUUAUAGAAAUGGAAGUAAAUAUUGACCAACUCACUUAGCCUGUUUCAUUUGUAAAAUGAAGGUAAUAGUUCUUCUCUCCCAGAAUUUGAGGUGGGGUGGGAGGGAGGAGGAGACAAAAUGAGAUAAUAUUUAGGAAUUGCUUUGCAAACCUCUAAGUGCUAUAAAAAUCUCAAGGAGAUAGUCUAAUAGGAGAGACAACAUUCAAAUAACUAUGGACUCUAUCUAGAGAUAGUCAGCCUAGAGUAAGAGACCUGAAUUCAAAUCAACCCUUAGUCGCAUAUGGCUAUGUCACUGAAUCUCUUUGUGCCUCAGUUUUCUUAUCUGUUUAAUAGUGGUAAUAAUAGCAAUCUAUCUUGCAGGAUUAUUGUGAAGAUCAAAUGAGAUAAAAUUUGUGAAGCCCUUAGCUCAGUGCCUAGUACAUGGUAUUUACUAUGUAAACAUUAGCUAUUAUUGCUAUUAUUUGUCCAGAUACAUUAAAGUUUGAUUUAUACUUUUAUCUCUACUUAUAGCUUAAAGAAUUGCAAAAUAUCAUGCUACAAUACUGCUAUAUACAAUUUCUCUGGUUACAGAAAGGUUUGGAAAUAUACAUUUUAAAAUGCUCUAGGAUAAGGAUCCUUAAUGUAUGUGUGGGGGUGGGGUGGGGUGGGGGCGGUGGGGUAUGCCUUCAUUUGAAACUUUUUCAUCCCCUGGAAUUGGAAGGAGGACACAAAGGGAAAUCUAGGCUGCCAGAAGAAGGAUGAACUAGAUAAAAAGGAAAGGCUCAUACUUCAAGCCAUUUUUCUUCCCUAUAGCAUAAGUAUUUGGAAUGCCAGCUAGCUCCAGGACUUCAAUCCCAUCCUUGUAGUUUAGGAUAUUUCACUGUUUUUUCAAAGGUCUCAAGAAAUAAGGAUAAAGCCAGAGACUAGAGUAAAGGGAUGUAUUACUGAUGGUCUCAUGUGCUACUUUUGGUUACCUGAAAUUCUUGUCUUAGUUGUGUGGUGGAAAGAAGCACAGAAUUUAGAAUAAAAUGCAAUUUAAGCUACAUCUUGAAAGAAUAGAGGGAUUUUGAUGUAGAUGCAAGAUUGGAAUUUAUGGAAAGUCUAAGGCAUGGAAACAGGUUAUGGAGUAUCCUAUGGUAGAAAUAGUAAGAAAAGUCCUGUUUGUAUUGCAGUGUGAAAGGAGAAGUAAUUUCCAAUGAGUCUGGAAGGAUAGGUUAGGUCUCACAGGAUUUAAAAGCAUAGGAGUUAGUAUUUGAUUCUAAAGGCAAUAGGAAGAAAUAGACAGGAAGAGACUGAGCAGAAGAAUCACAUGAUUAGAUUUGAACUUUAAAAAAUUAUUUUGGCAGCAUUGUAUAGGACAGACUGGAGGGGUAGGAAUUUGAGACAUCAACUGGGGGACUUCCAAUAAUCUAGAAAAGAAGUGACAAGGACCUGAGUUGUGUCAGUAAAGAAUAAGAUGUGUAGGUAGAUGUGGAGAUGUGAAGAUAGAAAUGACAAGAUUGAGUGACUGAUCAUAUGUGUGGGGAUGAUGCUGAGGUAAUGAACCUGAUAAAGGAUGGUAGGGACAAAAACAGCAAAGUUUAAAAAAAGCAAAGAUUUGAGGGGAAAGAUGAUGAAUUCAGUUUUGGACAUUUUGAGUUGGAGAGGUCGCUAGGACAUCCAAUUUGAAAUACAUUUUAUUUAUUUCAGAAAGUUAUAGAUUUUUCCUGAUCCCCUUUAAUGCUAGUGCCUCUCUCAGAAAUCACUUCCAGUUUAUCACUUAUAUAUUUUUGUACAUAGUUGCUUACAUUUGGUCUCACACAUUAGACUGUGAACUCCUUGAAGGAAAGAACUUUUUUUUGGUGGGGCCUUUCUUUGUAUCCUUUAGUGCUGGGACAGUAUUGGGCAUAUAAUAAGUAAUGAAUAAAUGCUUGCUGAUUUGACCUGAUAACUUUAAUUUGUUCACUCAUUUUAAGUGUGCCCAAAUCUUUGUGACUAUAUUUGAAGUUUUAUUGGCAAAGUUACUGGAGUAGUUUGCCAUUUCUUUCUCCAGUUCAUUUUACAGAUGAGGAACUGAAGCAAAUGGCUAAGUGACUUACCUAGCGUCAUAUAGCUAGUAAAUGUCUGAGGUUGGAUUUGAUGUCAUGAAGAUGAAUCUUCCUGAUUCCAAACCCAGUGCUUUAUCUAUUGUGUCACCUACAUGUCCUGAUGACCUUAAAGCACAAUAUAAAUGAGUUAAAAAUUAUUGUAAGGCUAAGCAUUUUUUUUUUUUUUGGUGACACAUUACGGUCCUUCAAUUUUAAGAAAAACAAUUCCAGUUAUACAUUUUCACAAUAAAUUCAUUUGAAUAUAAGUAGCAGGUUGUAAAGAAUUUAGAGCAAAAUUGCUACUUUAAUAAAUAUUUUUAAAAAAUUCAACCCCCUAAAUAAUAUUCUAAUUUUUCAUGGUCAUUUAACACUUUUUAAAAAAAUCACAUACCUAUGUAAAGAAAAGGUAGAGGAGAUUAUAUUUUCUAAAUAAGUCCUCAGAGUUUAGCAUAGGUUAAGAAAGUAAUGGAAUGUUAGCCUCACAUCCCAUUGGUUGAGAUUAUUUAUCCAGAUGUCUAGAUUUUGCAUAAAAGAAAGGAGCUACUGAAGCUGAACCACAUUUAAUGGUGAGAGGUACUAGUAAAGACAAUGGAAAGGAUUAUGAUGAGGAUAUUUUUUCUCUUUCUUCUAGCAACUUGUAUUGUACAUGGAAUUUUUAUGGACAAACUUGCUACAAAGAAGCUCUGUGCUGAUGAAGACUGUGUCUAUACAAUUUCCCUCGCUAAAGCUCAAGAUGAUUAUAAUGCCCCUGACUGUAGGUUCAUUAACAUUAAAAAGGGGCAGCAGAUCUAUAUUUAUUCAAAACUAGUGAAGGAAAAUGAAGCUGGAGAAUUUUGGGCUGGAAGUGUAUAUGGUGAACAUUAUGAAGAAGAAAUGGGAAUUGGGUAUUUUCCCAGCAGUUUGGUCAAAGAGCAACAUGUCUACCAAGAGGCAACCAAAGAAAUUCCGACAACGGACAUUGACUUCUUCUGCGAGUAGAAAUUUACAGACAUUAAAAUUUCUGAUGAAAAACACCAUGGCCUCCUCAAACUAAAUUAAAUCCCCACAACCAACUCAGAGAAUCUUCUCUUUCUUAUUAAUAAAUGAAAAUGUUUGUAAAUCUAUAA